AUGAGAGCUGCUGAGGAAGUGAACAACCACGAUGGCAGUCAGAACAUCGCCGUGCUGGCUGCGUAUGAAGCGGCCAUUGGCCCAGCGCUUCGCGCCAUGGUCGGUAUUGGUCUGCAAUCCCCAGCAAAAGUCAAUGAACCGAAGAAGAGGAGCCGGCUGCCGACAAACAAGAAAAAAGACAGCGACAGUAGAGACCACAGCAAGGGACAUGGGGCAGCACAUGGGACGCUGGCACAAGCAUCCGGCAAUAAGCCUAAUUUGAGGGAGAGCAGUGCGCGGAUUGUGGCUGACCACGAGAGUAACGGCCCUCAACGCGUAAAUCCGGACCCGGAACGACUCACUAGCCCGUUACGAACAGAUCAAGGGCGAGAGACUCCAAGUCUGGAUUCCGAUGCCUUUUUGAAGAAGGAAAGACAGGCUCUUCGACGGCGGAAAGUCGAGGCGCUCGAGUCUUUGGCACACACAGCGGCACUGUUUCUAGCAGAGUUCAUGGAUUUCAGACAGGGACGACAGGAUCCGCCAGCGACCACAUCACCGCCACCGGAACCACAGCAGCACCAAGAUGAUCCUGGGGCAGGAGAGGCAUACGCGGCAGCUGCAGCAGCAGGGAUAGCUGCGAGCCUUUUCCGGCCCCUGAGUGAGGAAAUCGACCGCGCCGGCUACAACAGCAGCGGGAGCGAGAUGGAGCAGCUUAGUAGCAGAUACGACAGCAAUGAUGAUGAUGAUGGCCCGGGAAAGAUACCCGGCGAACCAGAAGGUGGUAUGGACAUGGACAAUAGGGAAAGUCACGGGACGCCUUCCGACCCGCUUGCUAGCUUGAGGAAUGGAGCGGAUGCGGAUGCUAGCGAGCCUGGAGUUAAAGUUGAAGAGCAUUGA